ACGGCGGGCUGAUCCUCGGGGCUACGGGAGCGGCAUUGAGUCCAGGAAACCCCUGGAGCGGAUGGGUGGCCCCGGGGGGGCCGGGGGCGUGGAGGCGGGCGGCCGGCACCGCCCCGACCGACAAAAGUCCCUUCAGUUCAGCCAGCGGCAGAGGGGAAGUCCCGGCGCCUGGCUCAACCUCCCUCGGUGCUGCCGAGCCGAACUGCGCUCCGGCCGCCCUCCCGGCCGCCGUCCCAGGCGGCCCCAUGCCCCGAUGCCCCACGGGGGCCAUGGACGAGGGGCCCGUGGACCUGCGCACGCGGCCCAAGGCCGCCAGACUCCCCGGCGUCCCGCUGCCGCUCCGCAAGCGCCCGCUGCGCGCGCCCUCCCCAGAACCUGCGGUCCCCCGCUGCACUACGGGCCCCUUUGUCACCCCGGAUCCCCUACUUGGCGGUUCCAACACGCCGGCGGUCCCCGCGCCCCCCCACGGCCUGGCCCGGCCAGAGGCCCUCUACUACCAGGGACCUUUACUGCCCUUGUACCCCACCCCGACCAUGGGCUCCCCCUUCCCUCUGCUGAGUCUGCCUCCGCCCCACUACCCCAUGGUGUACUCGAUGGAGCACCCCUUGUCAGCCGACAUCGCCAUGGCCACCCGUGCGGAUGAGGACGGAGACACGCCACUCCACAUUGCGGUGGUGCAGGGCCAUCUGCCAGCAGUCCAUCAGCUUGUCAGCCUCUUCCGGCACGGGGGCCGGGAGCUGGAUAUCUACAACAACCUCCGGCAGACACCGCUACACCUGGCUGUGAUCACCACUUUGCCAUCUGUGGUCCGCCUACUGGUGACGGCUGGUGCCAGCCCCAUGGCACUGGACCGCCACGGCCAGACGGCAGCCCACCUGGCGUGUGAGCACCGCAGCCCGACCUGCCUGCGGGCCCUGCUGGACAGCGCGGCCCCGGGCACGGUGGACCUGGAGGCCCGCAAUUAUGACGGGCUCACUGCCCUGCACGUGGCCGUAAACACCGAAUGCCGUGAAGCAGUGCUGCUCCUGCUGGAGCGCGGUGCAGACAUCGAUGCAGUGGACAUUAAGAGCGGGCGCUCCCCACUCAUCCACGCCGUGGAAAACAACAGCCUGAACAUGGUGCAGCUGCUGCUCCAGCACGGCGCCAACGUGAACGCUCAGAUGUAUUCCGGCAGCUCGGCGCUGCACUCGGCGUCGGGCCGCGGGCUCCUCCCGCUGGUGCGCACGCUGGUCCGCAGCGGCGCGGACAGCAGCCUCAAGAACUGUCACAACGACACACCACUCAUGGUGGCGCGCAGCCGCCGGGUCAUCGACAUCCUGAGGGGUAAGGCCACGCGGCCUGCGCCUGCAUCACAGCCAGAACCCUCCCCCGACCGGAGCGCCACCACCUCCCCUGAAAGCAGCAGCCGCCUCAGCUCCAAUGGUCUUCUCUCUGCAUCACCAUCCUCCUCGCCCUCCCAGUCUCCCCCCAAGGACCCCACUGGAUUUCCCAUGGCUCCCCCAAGUUUUUUCCUUCCUUCCUCAUCUCCACCUGCCUUCCUGCCCUUUGCCGGGGUCCUCCAAGCUCCUGGCCGGCCAGUGCCCCCCUCCUCAGCUCCAGGAGGCAGCUGAGAGGGAUGGGGGGGCAGAUCUUGGACUCAUGAGGAGGGACCUCCCUGCCCUGUGGAGUCACCCCUCCUGGAAACUGUGAAGAUCGCACUCUGCCCCCCCCACCCCCAGUGUUCGGAACCAGGAUUUGCACAGAGGCACAUGUAUUUACCCCCUCUUCUGAACACAGAUACUCCCCGUCCGGCCCCACCCCAGGGCUCUUUCCCUCAUCAUUCUCAGGCACCCAACUCCUGUCCAGAAUUCCACCCAAAUGUGUAUUUCCUUCUCCCCUUCCAGAGCUGGUGAAACCAGGGAACAGCCGCUCUCCCCUCUGCCCUCCGCCCAUGAUGAGGGAGAGAUGGGCUAUAGCCAGGCACUUAACAACAAUGUAAAUUAUUAGGCAUUUUUGUUAGAUUUCUUUUGUAAUAAACUAUUUUUGUACCAUA